GAGAAAGAGAAGAAACCCCCAGCGAUUUUUUUUUUUUUUUUCGCUGCCUUUUUUUGUUUUGUUUUGUUUGUUUAUUUCUUUGCUUCCCCUCAAAUUGUCCCGAGUUGGUGCCCCGUUUUUUUGUGGACCAUGGAUACGCACACGCGAUGGAAAAGGCGCAGUUGGAUACGGAGCUGGCAGCUGCACGUCGCGCUGGUGCUGUUGGGCACCGCGGCCCUGGGCCGGGCAGCUGAACCUGCAGACCUCUUGAAGGUAUUAGAUUUUCACAAUUUACCUGAUGGUAUCACAAGAACAACAGGGUUUUGCACAAGCAGAAGAUCUUCAAAAGAAGCAGAUGUUGCUUACAGAGUAACAAAAGAUGCUCAGCUCAGUGCACCGACAAAGCAGCUGUAUCCUGCUUCCCCAUUCCCAGAGGACUUCUCCAUUUUAACCACUGUAAAAGCGAAGAAAGGAGGUCAGUCCUUCUUGAUCUCAAUUUACAAUGAGCAAGGGAUCCAGCAAAUUGGUGUGGAGAUGGGUAGAUCUCCUGUAUUCCUGUAUGAAGACCAUACAGGAAAGCCAGGCCCAGAAGACUAUCCUCUCUUUAGAGGCAUUAACCUAGCAGAUGGCAAGUGGCACAGGGUCGCCAUCAGCGUGCAGAAGAAAAACGUCACCUUGAUUUUGGACUGUAAAAAGAAAAUAACCAAGUUCUUGGAUCGAAGUGACCAUCCCAUCAUUGACGUCAAUGGCAUCAUUGUAUUUGGAACGAGGAUAUUAGAUGAGGAAGUCUUUGAGGGUGACAUCCAGCAGUUGCUGAUCGUGGCCGACCCCCGGGCAGCCCAUGACUACUGUGAGCACUACAGCCCCGACUGUGACACCGCCGUCCCCGACUCUCCACAGUCCCAGGACCCCAACCAGGAUGAAUACUAUACCGAUGGGGAAGGAGAAGGGGACACCUACUACUACGAGUACCCCUACUAUGAAGAUGUUGACGAAGCUGUAAAGCCUGAAGCACCCACCACCAAACCUGCACCCCCAGGAGUGGCUGCUGGAGAGAGACCCGAAACCAAGCAGGACUAUCCUUCCCCCACGCCAUCCCCUGAAGCAGGGGACCCCAGCAGGCAGACCAAAGGAUCUGCACCCGUGGACGACCCCCUGGUGGAUGAGUACAACUAUGAAACCAUCAACGAGGAGUACUUCACACCUCUGCCCUAUGAAGACAUCAACUACAACGAGGAAGUAGACCCCCAGGGAGGGCUCACUGAAAAUGCCGUGGAAGCGGAGCUCCCCACGAGUACCGUCAUCACCUACAAUGAGACUGAUGCUACUCAAGGAGGAGACGACCUGGAUAAAGACUUCACUGAGGAAACGAUAAAAGAAUAUGAUGGGAAUUACUACUAUUAUGACAGAACAGUGUCUCCUGACAUUGGGCCUGGGAUGCCUGCCAACCAGGACACCAUCUACGAAGGGAUUGGAGGCCCACGGGGUGAGAAGGGGCAGAAGGGUGAGCCUGCCAUAAUUGAGCCGGGUAUGCUUGUGGAAGGUCCCCCUGGUCCCGAAGGCCCUGCAGGCCUUCCAGGACCUCCAGGACCAACUGGACCUGUGGGCUUAAUGGGAGAUCCUGGGGAGAGAGGACCUCCUGGCCGCCCAGGUCUUCCAGGAGCAGAUGGUUUACCAGGACCACCAGGGACAAUGCUUAUGUUGCCUUUCCGCUUCAGUGGAGGAGGAGAUGCUGGCUCCAAAGGACCUAUGGUCUCUGCACAGGAGGCCCAAGCCCAGGCCAUCCUACAGCAGGCAAGGCUGGCACUGAGAGGACCGGCAGGUCCAAUGGGUCUGACUGGGCGGCCCGGCCCCAUGGGACCCCCGGGCAGUGGAGGAUUGAAGGGUGAAGCUGGAGAAAUGGGACCUCAGGGUCCACGAGGCAUCCAGGGCCCUCCUGGCCCGGCAGGAAAGCCAGGCCGCAGGGGACGAGCUGGCAGCGAUGGUGCCCGGGGAAUGCCAGGACAGACGGGACCAAAGGGUGACCGAGGGUUUGAUGGCUUGGCUGGUUUGCCUGGCGAGAAGGGGAACAGAGGUGAGCCAGGUCCCCACGGCCCCCCAGGGGCACCCGGAGAGGACGGGGAGAGGGGGGAUGAUGGAGAAGUUGGACCCAGAGGGCUGCCCGGAGAACCUGGCCCUCGAGGACUUCUGGGACCCAAGGGGCCACCAGGACCACCGGGGCCACCGGGUGUGGCUGGUAUGGAUGGACAAACCGGUCCCAAGGGGAACGUGGGUCCCCAGGGUGAGCCAGGACCUCCAGGCCAGCAGGGCAACCCAGGUGCUCAGGGUCUUCCAGGUCCGCAAGGCCCCAUCGGUCCCCCAGGAGAGAAGGGGCCGCUGGGCAAACCUGGUCUUCCUGGCAUGCCUGGUGCAGACGGUCCUCCGGGUCAUCCUGGCAAGGAAGGUCCUCCUGGAGAGAAGGGGAGUCAGGGUCCGCCAGGCCCUCAGGGCCCCAUUGGUUAUCCAGGACCACGUGGAGUCAAGGGAGCGGACGGUGUUCGUGGGUUGAAGGGCACCAAAGGUGAAAAGGGUGAAGAUGGCUUCCCUGGCUUCAAAGGGGAUAUGGGCAUCAAGGGAGACCGGGGUGAAAUUGGACCUCCAGGCCCCAGGGGUGAGGAUGGUCCUGAAGGCCCCAAAGGUCGUUCGGGUCCCAAUGGAGAUCCCGGUCCUCUCGGUCCUGCUGGAGAGAAGGGAAAACUUGGCGUGCCAGGGCUGCCCGGCUACCCGGGCAGGCAGGGUCCAAAGGGCUCCAUUGGCUUCCCAGGAUUUCCAGGCGCCAACGGCGAGAAGGGCACACGGGGGACACCUGGCAAACCAGGUCCAAGGGGGCAGCGCGGUCCAACGGGUCCACGUGGGGAAAGAGGCCCUAGGGGAAGCACUGGGAAACCUGGCCCAAAGGGCAACUCUGGUGGUGACGGCCCCCCUGGUCCUCCUGGCGAACGGGGACCACCAGGGCCUCAAGGACCAACCGGAUUUCCUGGACCAAAAGGCCCCCCUGGUCCUCCUGGGAAGGAUGGAUUGCCUGGUCACCCCGGACAGAGAGGAGAAACUGGUUUCCAAGGCAAGACUGGCCCACCUGGCCCCCCUGGUGUUGUAGGCCCUCAGGGUCCAACUGGUGAAACUGGUCCAAUGGGUGAGCGAGGACAUCCAGGUCCUCCAGGUCCCCCAGGUGAACAAGGUCUUCCUGGCCUCACUGGGAAGGAAGGGACCAAGGGGGACCCUGGUCCAGCUGGCCUCCCAGGGAAGGAUGGUCCCCCAGGCUUGCGAGGCUUCCCUGGAGAGAGAGGUCUGCCUGGCCCCAUUGGUUCUCCAGGGCUGAAAGGCAACGAAGGUCCCCCAGGCCCCCCCGGUCCUGCAGGCUCUCCUGGUGAGCGAGGUCCUGCGGGCUCAGCUGGCCCCAUCGGCUUGCCAGGGCGACCUGGACCACAGGGACCUCCAGGACCUGCAGGUGAAAAGGGAGCACCAGGUGAGAAGGGUCCUCAAGGACCAGCAGGUCGGGACGGCAUCCAGGGCCCCGUGGGACUCCCGGGUCCAGCAGGUCCUGUUGGCCCCCCCGGCGAGGAUGGAGACAAGGGCGAGAUCGGGGAGCCUGGCCAGAAGGGCAGCAAGGGUGACAAAGGGGAGCAGGGUCCACCAGGUCCUACAGGCCCACAAGGUCCAAUUGGUCAGCCAGGUCCAGCUGGUGCUGAUGGAGAGCCAGGUCCCAGAGGGCAGCAAGGCCUUUUUGGUCAGAAAGGUGAUGAAGGACCUCGAGGUUUCCCCGGUCCCCCCGGCCCUGUGGGCUUGCAGGGCUUGCCUGGACCUCCUGGUGAGAAGGGAGAAACAGGUGAUGUUGGGCAAAUGGGUCCACCAGGUCCACCUGGGCCCAGAGGCCCCUCCGGCCCACCAGGAGCAGAUGGACCCCAAGGUCCUGCUGGGGGAAUAGGAAAUCCUGGUGCAGUAGGAGAGAAGGGUGAGCCUGGUGAAUCUGGUGAGCCCGGUCUGCCUGGUGAGGUCGGCCUGCCGGGUCCAAAAGGUGAAAGAGGUGAAAAGGGUGAAGCAGGUCCCUCCGGUGCUGCUGGUCCACCUGGCCCUAAAGGUCCCCCAGGUGAUGAUGGUCCCAAAGGCAGCCCUGGUCCAGUUGGUUUCCCUGGUGAUCCUGGUCCUCCUGGAGAGCCUGGCCCAGCUGGUCAAGACGGUCCCCCUGGUGACAAAGGUGACGAUGGCGAACCUGGUCAGACAGGGUCCCCAGGUCCCACGGGAGAGCCAGGCCCGUCUGGACCCCCAGGAAAAAGGGGCCCUCCUGGUCCUGUUGGUCCUGAAGGAAGGCAAGGAGAGAAAGGAGCCAAGGGUGAAGCUGGUUUGGAAGGGCCUCCUGGGAAGACAGGCCCAAUCGGUCCCCAGGGUGCUCCAGGGAAACCUGGCCCUGAUGGCCUUCGGGGAAUUCCUGGUCCAGUUGGUGAACAAGGCCUUCCAGGAUCUCCUGGCCCAGACGGCCCCCCUGGCCCACUGGGCCCACCUGGUUUGCCUGGCCUCAAAGGAGACUCUGGUCCUAAAGGAGAAAAGGGUCAUCCAGGUUUAAUUGGUCUGAUUGGACCGCCAGGUGAGCAGGGAGAAAAGGGCGACCGAGGUCUCCCAGGCCCCCAGGGCUCUGCAGGACCCAAGGGAGAGCAGGGUAUCACAGGUCCCUCUGGACCAAUUGGACCCCCAGGGCCACCAGGACUACCGGGUCCACCUGGUCCCAAAGGUGCUAAAGGAUCAUCAGGUCCAACGGGUCCAAAGGGUGAAUCGGGUCUUCCUGGGCCCCCAGGGCCUCCUGGUCCUCCUGGAGAAGUCAUCCAGCCUCUGCCCAUCCAGUCUUCCAAGAGGACCAGGCGAAACAUCGAUGCCAGCCAGCUGGUGGAUGAUGGAAAUGCUGACAAUUACAUGGACUAUGCAGAUGGCAUGGAGGAGAUUUUCGGCUCACUGAAUUCCUUGAAACUGGAAAUUGAACAGAUGAAGCAUCCGUUGGGCACUCAACAUAACCCAGCUCGUACCUGCAAGGAUCUCCAGCUCUGUCACCCUGAUUUCCCAGAUGGUGAAUACUGGGUGGAUCCUAACCAAGGAUGUUCCAGGGACUCUUUCAAAGUGUACUGUAAUUUCACAGCUGGUGGAGAGACUUGUAUCUUCCCUGAUAAGAAGUCUGAAGGAAGUAAAAUGGCUCGUUGGCCCAAAGAACAGCCUUCCACAUGGUAUAGUCAAUACAAGCGGGGGUCUUUGCUCUCCUACGUGGAUUCGGAUGGGAACCCCAUCGGAGUGGUACAGAUGACAUUCCUCAGGCUGCUGAGCGCCUCGGCCCACCAGAACAUCACUUAUAACUGCUACCAAUCCGUAGCCUGGCACGAUGCCACCACAGACAGCUAUGACAAAGCCAUCCGCUUCCUGGGCUCCAACGAUGAGGAGAUGUCCUACGACAACAACCCGUACAUCCGAGCUGCAUUCGAUGGCUGCGCGGCAAAGAAGGGCUAUCAGAAGACUGUCCUGGAAAUCAACACGCCCAAGGUCGAGCAAGUGCCUGUCGUCGACAUCAUGUUCAAUGACUUCGGAGAAGCGUCACAGAAAUUUGGAUUCGAGGUGGGACCAGCUUGCUUCAUGGGCUAAGAGCCACCUGAAAACUAGUCUCCAAAUGAGCAACCUCGUAACCUCAUUGCGCCAUUUAAUUAAUUAAAAAAGAAAAGAAGAAGAAAGAAAAAAAAAAAAAAAAAAAAAAAAAAAAAAAAAAAGAGUUCCUCGUCGUCACAUGCACGUUCUGAAACUGGACAGCGAUGGGUUCUUUCCUUUUCGUUUUGUUUUGUGCUUCGUUUUGCCCCAGUUCCUCUGUGCCGCGGCACCCGCGCAGAAUCGCAUGACCUGACGCUGCCCACGUGGCCCAUGGACCUGCCCUGCGUGUCCUGAGGUGGAAACGCAUCCGAGACUUCUUCUCUCCUCCAAAUGAUGCCAAGUGCUUCUCGGCAGGUUGUUGUUUGUUCGUUUCUAAGGAAAAAAUGGAUAAUAACUUGAAACUCCCGCGCUCAGCUUGACGUUGAAUCCCGGCUCUCAUGCGAACCCUGCUGAAGUUCUUUAUGGUCAUCUCAGUGACUUCUGUGAGAUUUGCAUCAGGUCUAGCAAGCAGAUAUAAUGGCCGUUUCCAGAAUCUGUAGGAUCUUCAUAGAAUCACCUAAUCCCACUUCUUACAAAAUCUAACCCGACCGAUUCGAUCGCUAAAAGCCACCCUGGGCAUCUCUUUCCCAUGUCUUAAAGGUGCUUAUAUUUUUGUAUGUUUGUAAGUAAAUAUUUGUAUUGUAUAUUAUUUGAAAUGUUCCCACGUUCCUGGCUUCAAAACAUGCAUGUGACCCACACCUGACUGCUGCCAACCCACGGGGGGAUGCAGCUGAGGCCAUGCCCCCGCAGCCACUGAUGCCUUUGGAAUGAUGUGCUUCAAAAUAAGGAAAGCAAAGCCUCUUUUUGCUACAGAGCCCUACAAAGCAGGCUGCAGUUUGCAUCUCUGCCUCUUUGCGCCCCUGCUUCACCGUCAUGUAUGUGUUUUAAGUUAAUUCUUCUCGCCUCCGUGUUUCCUUCAGCGUUCUUUCAAAAUAAUAAUAAUUAAAUUAAAAAAAAAAAAAAAAAUCUGUUCCCAGUGGCAGAUUGCAGUGGCAGGGAAGAUCCAUUUGUCCUCUUGGGAUAUUGAGUGUAAAACAACAAAAACAAAAAAAAAAGGAGAGGGAAAAAAGAAAAAAAAAAGGUGCUGUUUUGUUUUUACAUGUCUCUUCGUGGUGCUAUCUAUUCGAGUAACGUUAACACUGCACUGGUUGGACUCUGCCAUUGGCCAAUCUCCCACUGCCCGCCGCUUCAGCUGUUUGCAACACAGGCUGCACACUUCUGCUCCGGUCUCUGGUUAUAAAUGCAUGCCAGCUUCAUAUAUGCUAUGCAGAAGAUCUCUUGUUUGCAUUACGGGAGCUUAUAGGGCCCGUGUAGGAUGUAUUAAAAGUGCUUACGCCUUUUCAAAAAGCAUUCAUGCAUUUAUACGGCCGUGAUCACACCAGGCCGUGUCGGUGGCUGAAUGUUUGUGGUGCUAAUUGAUGUCAUUGUCGUGAGGACGGAGCUGUGUGUGCCAUUCUCUUCCUCUUCCCAUGGUGGCUGCCAGGAUGGCUUUCUUUCCCACGCAGCGUUUCCGAAUCACAGCCCUCUGCCACCCCAUUCCUUCUCCACGUGUUGCUUCGUUUUUUCUCCCCGGCUGUUUCCUUGUGUAGAUCUCUUGGCUGGAAAAUUUGAUGUUGCAGGGGAUUUUUGUAAUUAUUAUUAUUAUUUGGCCUGGAGUGUUACAGUUGAGCCAGGGGAGGAGAGCGGGAGGGGGGGUCUGUCACCAUGAAGGAAAGGACAUCACAUUUACUGUGAAAGAAGGCAACAUAUGAUGUCUUUUCCCCCCUCCUUCCCUAGCAGAGAGCAGCAGCGCCCAAGGGAGGGAGCGAGGCGGGAGCUGCGAUGCUGCACGGUGCUUUCGGGUCUGCAAAAGCCGUGUCCAUCCAUCUCCCUUCUUGUGUUCUGUCUAAUUACUAUUCAUUUCUAUUUCUCCUUUUUCCACCUGGGGGGGAGGAAAAAAAAACCUCAAAAGGUGCUACCCUAAAACUGCAGACUCCAGCAGCAAAGCAGUGAAAACGAGGAUACGUACAGUGAUCUGGUGCCUGCUCACCUUGGCACGAGCCUUGGCUGGGAGCAUUGGGAAGGUCGAGGAGGUUGCACGUUCCUGUCUGCCACAGAUAAGCCAUAUCUUGAUGUGUGUGCGCACGUGUGCGUCUGCCUAGGUCAUGUGAUUCUGUUCUGAUGAAUUCUCAUCAAGGGAGCUUUUUUUUUCUUUUUCUUUUUUUUUUUUUUUUUUUUUCCUCCUUUUAUUUCCUUGCUUUAAGAAGAAGAAGAAAAAAAAAAUAAAGAAAUAAUUCCUCUGUUGAAUUCCACAGUGUUGUAAUUGUACUGAGCUCCAAACUGUUCCGAUUCCCCCAGACCACUUAGCUACGGUAUUAUUGCAAUAAAAUUACUACUUGUAUUUGCAGACGUUCUUUUUGUGUAAUUUUAUUUCCCUCUUCCCUUAAUAUAUAUGACUUGAACAAAUGUUGAUAAGAAAAAUAAAACCUAUGGAAAAAAAAAAACAAACAAAUUUAGUACAUAAGGCCCUUUUUAAAAUAUACUGUCAAACGACGUAUUGUACAUUUCUUCAAAGUCCAAUAAACAUGUCAUAAAAUUUAAGUGUAA